AUGGCAUCUUCACAGCUAAAUUCGGACAAUUUCAUGGGUGGUAUCGUUUCUUCGUCAUUCAUUCCACAGGAUGUUGGCUCCCCUUUCGCUAUCGGAGAGGAACCAUCAGAAGAUCCGGACUCACAGAAAGCAGCCGACAAGCUCUCUUCGUUCCUGCUGAGCGGGAAACCAGCGGUGUCGUCUGGUUGGGGCGCUGGAGCUCCAGGAAACCAGACGGACGAGGACAAACUCAUACAUCUCACAUGCACGGACGAAGGGAAGAGCACGAAUAUUAACAAAACUGAGGAGUAUAAUUCAGGGUAUUCCGGUCUAAGCAUUCUCCCAUGGGAGGAGUUUGUUUUCAAUCCGAGAGCUUUGAAUGAUCUUUUCUACGCGGAGUCGAACAGGAAGAUCACGUAUGAUCCGGAUGAAGUCAACGUCUUUUUCCAUGGAAGGAAUGUGAUGCCUCCAACAAUCGGGGAUAUCUCAGAAAAUGGGAAAUGCUGGAACAUCAUGGUGGAAAACAUUGCUCAACUCCGGAAGGUCCGAACGCUGCUAUGUGAAAAAAGCUCCGUGUUCGGGGUGACCCUCAACUACAAACCGAAACGGUUCGCCAAGCCCGAAAGAGCGCCGUGCCUGGUGAUGCUUGAUCCAAGCAAGGGGACGACCGGGGAUCGACUCUACACCGCUCUAACCAAAGCCAUGGACGCCAUCCACAGUGGCCGCCGUUUUUGUGUUGAGAUUAACCUGAACGGGUGUGUUGAGCGCUGGUGCCGCAGUGUGCUACUCACAGAAUGCGAGGUUGAGGGCGCAAGAAUGGUUGUUACGAACGGCGAGGAGUACGAAACCAUGGGACGCGCGGAAAAAAUCGUCUGCUGUCUUUUUUGCUUUCCUGUCUGGGCACUUCAGACAUGCAUUUACAAGAUACACCGGACGGUGGCCUAUGAUGACUUCACGAUCUCGUUUGAUGCUGAAGAUAUGUUUCUACACGGUGCUGUAGCAGAUUUAACCUGUCAGAGGGAUUUCAUAUUCAAAGCAAUAACAGACCAAGAUCAAGAUCAUGUGUUUAGAACGCGCUGUGCAGAGCAGACGGACGAGAAAACGCUACAGACGCUAGGAUCGUACAAAUUUGUCUGCGUUAAGAAAGUUGAAAAGAUGGAUGACGAGGAAGAGACUAUUAAAGAGCACACAACAACUUCAUUUGGAGAUCUGGUGAAUAAACGAAAAGAAAAGGUUUUAGCUAAAGAUGCUAAAAAACGGUCCACUGGAAUUGUAAAGAAUACAUCAAUGACUUUCGACGAAGCUAAAUCAAAAGAAUCUUCUAGCGGAUAUAUCAAUGACGACACGAGAGGAAAAUUACAAGGUGCAACUAGUUCAAAAGAUGGAGUUGUAAAUAAAGCAUUUGCUCACGACGAUAAAUCGAAAGAAAUAGAAGACGUUACAGUGUCUCCAAGAAUACCGGAGCUGAAAAGCGUUGUUGGACAACAGGGUGAUGAUGUUAAUCUUGAUGUUAUAGAUGAAAGUAAAGAAGCACUGUCUGAUUCGAUCACGUCAGUAUCAGAGACCGAUUCCGCUAUAUUUGAAAUGUCCAAAUCUGUGUCAGGGGUACGUAAGAAUAUAUCUAGCAAAAGCCUUACAGCUGUAUGCUCUUUUGAAAUUAAUGAUUAUGAUUUAGCUGAUGACGAGAGUAGUGAUGAUGACGAAUUCCAGACAAAGCCAUCAUUAUUAAAGAAUACAGAGAGCAAAGAAAAUUUGUUUGACGAAUUAGCUAAAAUAAACAAAACGCUGCCGACUGCCAAACAAGUACCGCUAGCAUCUUCCGAAAUUGACCAUUCUGAACAUAAAGAUGAACACGGCGAUGCUAAGAAAAACAAAGACAGAAAGAAGCAUAAAGUGGGAAAAGUUCUCAAAGAUUUGACCAAGACAACAAAAGCAACAAAAAUGUCGUUACCAUCCGAGGAGGAUACUAAAUAUAAAGAAGCACGUGAAAAACUUAAACACUCAAGACUUAAAACUUCUCUUCGUGAAAGUCAGGAACAAACAAGGGACACUGAUGACAAUAAUACAGGAAGUUUCAAUACAAAAGGCAGCGCUAGCAAAGGCAAACAAGUAAAUAAAGACCCUGGGAAUUCCAAAGCUGAAAAUAUUUCAGAAUUAAUGUUUGAUGCAUCUUCCACUGAUGGUGAAGAUGUUGAAAUGAUUUAUCAAGCAGGCGCAAAAGAUAGGAGUGUCAAUAAAACCGCUGGCCGUGAAACACCGAUCGGUCAGGUUAACGGGUUACAAGUCACUAACAAAGAAACGUGUAAUGAUACAGAUGAAGCGAAAACUGCCGGCUUAGCAAAUACCACUGUUGAAGAUAACUGGGAUGAUUCAGAAAGUGAUGAAGAUAGAAACAACGACUCUGGUAAAACCACGAUAAAAAGUCUUUCCAUGCCCAACGCUAUUUUGCCUGAUAAUCCUCGGCCUAAAUUUAUGGCCGUACAUGCUAAAAGUCUUGAAGAUGACAUGGAUGUAACGGAUAUGGAUGAAUUUGAUGGUAAUGUUAACAGAGAACAAAAGGUAGCAGGUACUACCGCGGUUGUACCUCCUCUUAGACUCAACAUUGGUGAACAGCUCGGUAAAAAGGCCAAACGACCCUCGAGAAAUUUCAGCUCGAACAGAAAAUACCUUGGUACAGCGGUUCCGCCAAGAUUAAAGAAACAUUGA